CAGGAAGCUGCGCUAAGAAAAGAGGGAGGAGACUGCACCGGCAGCAGCCCCUGGUGGAAAAACCUAUGUGUGGCAGAAGUGCUGCAGCGGCUGACACCGAGGUUGAGGGCGAGCGAUCCCAGCGCUGGGGACUCCACCGCCGCCCUCCUACACAAGCUUCUUGCCUCAGAAUCUUCGCCCCUCACCUCUUGCAAACACUCAUUCGGCUGGUCGCCUGCUGCGCCUCCUGCAUCACAGGCUUACAGCCAAGGCAGCAGUGAGGUGUCCGAUUGGGACACGUGAAGAACUGGAUCCCAGACGGAAUGAAAAUGCACCACAAAAAGACAGCUGCAAGACAGCAAACCAGGGAGGCUCCAGGUCACCACACCAAUUCUACAACCUUCAGGAAGAGAAAGGCCUCACAAAAGAAGCAGAGGAGGAGAUCUUCACAGUCCCAGAGGAACAUCGUGGGCUGCAGAAUUUCUCAUGGAUGGAAGGAAAGUGAUGAGCCCAUCACCCAGUGGAAAGGAACUGUUUUGGAUCAGGUGCCUAUAAAUCCCUCUCUUUAUCUGGUGAAAUAUGAUGGAAUUGACUGUGUCUGUGGACUGGAACUUCACAGAGAUGAAAGGAUUUUAAAGCUUAAAAUCCUUCCUGAUAAGGUGCCACUUUUUCAAGUCAGAGAUGUGCACUUUGAAAAUACUAUAAUUGGGAAAGCAGUGGAACACAUGUUUGAGGGUGAGCAUGGUUCUAAGGAUGAAUGGAGGGGGAUGGUCCUAGCCCAAGCACCUAUCAUGAAAACCUGGUUUUAUAUUACCUAUGAGAAAGAUCCUGUCCUGUACAUGUACCAGCUUCUAGAUGAUUAUAAAGAAGGUGACCUCCGUAUCAUGCCAGAGUCCAGUGAGUCUUCUCCAACAGAAAGGGAGCCAGAAGGAAUUAUAGAUGGCCUGAUAGGUAAACAUGUGGAAUAUACCAAAGAAGAUGGCUCCAAAAGGUCAGGCCAAGUCAUUCUUCAAGUUAAAGCCAAACCUUCUGUGUAUUUCAUCAAGUUUGAUGAUGAUUUCCACAUCUAUGUCUAUGAUUUGGUCAAAAAGUCCACUAGGGUAAAAUCUGCCAAGUGUGGGGAGGCAAAUGUAUAAUUUAUAUAUAUGCAAAAAGUGUAAACUUUUCAAGGUAUUGGAAGCCUAAGAGUCCUUGAUAACCUACAUCUUUGCCAGCAUAAUUAUUGUUUUAUUCUUAAAAAUACAAAUUUAUGUGGACAGGACAUGCUGUAUGUAAGCAUUUUGUCUUGAUGUAAAGAUUGGGUGUGUUUGGUGGACGAAGCAUGUAAGGAAAAGCUGUAAACUCAGACUGUAAUUAAAUUUCACCUAGUAUCAUAAUCAGUUGUCUGAAACUGGAAUGGCACUUAGCUGGUCUGGGUCUAAGGAGGGAAAGGAAAAAAUAGGAGAUAGGCUAUUGGGGAAGGGCAAGGAGGAGGUGACUGCUUGGUAAGUGACAAAGAAAAGUCCACAAAGUGGGAGGCUUUAUGGAGAAGGGAAACAUUAAGUUGAGAAGGUAGUGAAGAAUAAGAGUAAGAUCUUGGGGAUUAGAGAAAAAUAAUAUGAAUAGAAGAUGGGCACAAACUUAGAAAAUGUCCAUUCAGGGGGAAAAGGAUCAAGCUGGUAGAUGGAGAUGAGGGGGAUGCUAAAGAACAUAAAAAGGGAUGGUUUGUGUAUGUAUGGGUGGCCAGAAAGGGAGAGGUACAGCAGAAAGAGGAAUUCCAGAAAGGAAGACUGACUAAAGGAGUGAAAACACAGGAGAAAAAAACACUUAUAGGGAGUGGGGCUCAUAAGGGACGGGAAGAUCCAGGAAAAAGUUGUACUCCUAGCAGUAUCCACAUUGCCCUCUUUGACUCUUUAUACAAAGGAAACAGCAACUUUCAAGGCAAAUAUAUUAGAGGCUCCCCAGAAGGGCAUUUGAUCAAGAUGACUCAGACUAGUUAAUCUGGAGCCAAGUUUUUGCCUACAAGACUUUUCUUCUUUCAGUGAAUUUGUGCAACACCUGCCAAGCAGAACCUUGGUCAUCAGACUAAAUAUACUAACAUAAGCUCUGGGCUAUGGUCUGCCUCUUUGUGUAUUUCCCAGAGGACCUAGAAAUGGUAAAUCUAGGACCUGAAGGUCAUGAUUCAUUUCCCUUACACUGGAUUACCAAUAAUUGUGGAAAAGAAUGGUGUUCUCAGAACUUUAGAGAUGCCAUCUUGAGUUUGGAAUAUAUUUUAUCUGGAAGAACAGAAUAUUGCUGGAUCCUUGUGUAGCAGACCCAUCACUGUUCUUCCUUCAUUUGAAAUGUUCUUUGUCUUCCUAGAGAGGAGAGGCAUCAGAGUAUUAAGCCUAAUAUAUCUUCAUGGCGUGGAACUGUCCGUGCUUCUUUCAGUAGCUUCCUACUGCCACAAAUGGCUCUAUUCAGUGCUUCAACGAAAGGAGAUCCUCUACCUUCUGGAGUCUUAUUCUGGCUAGAUCCACACAAACACAAAAUCAGUGACUACUGAUCCCGUCACUGAUAUUUCUUUACCAAUCUUGAUCCUUUUAAGCCUGCAUGGAGCCUUGGUGGAAUAUUGUGUAGCUUUUUGUUUCUAAGUGAUAUAGGUGUCAUGGGCAUUCAGUAUGGGCGUUGUGACUUUGUAUAACUAAUUCCUUUGGCUUUAUAAUGCCACAUGGAGUGGUUAUGGUUGGUGAAAAAGUGAAGUCCCUCAGAAUUAUGGUGUCUACUGUACUGACUUGUGUCCUUCUCUUCCUCUUUGUCUUGUCUUUUCCCAUUUUCCUGAAGUUUCUCUCAAAAUCCUUUCUCUGCUUUUCACAUCUACACCCUUCACUAAAUUAUACUAUCAGCCAGCUGUCAUGUUUUGUUCUGCUAUAUGUUUUUAUUAUUUUCUAUUUUAAAUUAUGUACUUUAGACAUUUGGGAGAGUUCCCAUAAUGUAAAUCAUUUCUGGAUUCUGAAAGCCAAAUGAAAGAAACAAAUGAUGGGGGUCCAUAUUUUAACAAGGACACACACAGCUGGGUUUGUGGCAGACCUCAGCUCAUUUUAGUGUCAGAAUAGCCUCUUCAGCUGACCAUGUCCCCAAGUGGCCUACCUCAUUCUAAUAUGAUGCACAGUUGUACAGUGGAAGUGUAUUUGUAACUUUAAUGCUGAACCUAGGAAAAUCUGCCCCUGUUUUUCUUGCUUUGACCCCAUUAAUUUCUUAAUUCAUUUGUUUUAUUUUUAUCCCAGAAAUGCUUACUUCAGGGUGGGCUCUCUGCUAGGCACUCUUCUAGGCAUGUGUAUGUACAAUACAGUAAUAAACAAAGGAAACAUAAAAAGA